AUGCUGUUUUGGCUGCUUCCAUUGCUGACUGUUCUCCCAGGUGGUGACAAUGAGUAUGGGUUUGAGGAGCCUAUCUCCUUCCGUGUCAUUGCAAUCUCAUCCUUUUACAACCGUUCCUGCAUACAGUCUCUUUUCUCAGGAUGGCUGGGUGAGUUGCAGACUCACAAGUGGGAUGGCAUCUCUGACACCAUCAUAUUUCUGCAGCCCUGGGCCAGGGGUAACUUCAGCAACAAGGAGCUGAUGGAACUGGAAAAGGUUUUUCGUGUACAAAUUGUUAGAUUUGUUCAGGGAUUUCACCACUAUGCCCCUCAGUUGCAAUUGGAAUAUCCUUUUGAGGCACAGAUGACAGCAGGCUGUGAACUGCACCCUGGGUGGGUGUCAGUAGACUUCCUUCGAAUAGCUUAUCAAGGAUCAGAUUUCAUAAGCUUCCAAAACAAUUCAUGGCUGCCAUCCCAUAAGAAUGGAGGUAUUGCCCAGCGUGUAUGCACAUUACUCAAUCAGAACCAGCAGGAGAAAAAAAUGAUCCAGUACUACCUCAGUAACAUCUGCCCACGUUUCAUGUUGGGUGUUCUUGAUGCAGGGAAGGCAGCUCUCCAGCGAGAAGUGAAGCCAGAGGCCUGGCUGUCCAGUGCCCCCUCCCCUGGGCCUGGUCAUCUGCUUCUGGUUUGCCACAUCUCUGGAUUCUACCCAAAACAUGUGUGGGUGAUGUGGAUGCGGGGUGAGCAGGAGCAGCCGAGUACUCAGCGAGGUGACGUCCUGCCCAAUGCUGACGGAACGUGGUAUCUUCAAGUAACCCUGGAUGUGGAUACUGGGGAGGCAGCUGGCCUGUCAUGCCGGGUGAAGCACAGCAGUCUGGGAGGCCAGGACAUCGUCCUCUACUGGGAUCAUCACAGAUCCAUGGGCAUGAUCUUCUUGGCAGUGAUAUUGCUUCUGGCUCUUCUGACAGGUCUUACAUUUUGGUUUUGGAAGUGCUGGUGA